AUGGCCUCCAAUCCCCCUGGAGCAUGCUGCACAGUCGGCGUCAAGCACGAAGGCGAAGCAAAGGGUCAAUUCCAACAAGUCGGCGGAGUUGAUACUUAUGUCACGUACCCAACCGACCGCUCUACCAAGCGUGCUGUGCUAUUGUUGACCGAUGUAAUCGGUCAUCGAUUCAUUAAUGCCCAGCUUAUCGCGGAUCAGUUAGCUGCGAAUGGUUACUUCGUGGUUAUGCCCGAUCUUUUCCACGGUGAUCCUGUGCCGCUGAAUCGUCCUGCGGAUUGGGAUUUGAUGGCUUGGUUGAAUGGUCCGCCUGGUCAUUUGGUGCCGCGUGUGGAGCCCGUCGUUAAGGCUGUGCUUGGUGAGAUGAAGUCUGGCUUUGGCUGUGAGAGGAUUGGUGCUAUUGGAUAUUGUUUCGGGGCUAAAUAUGCUGUCCGUCUGCUUCGGGAUGACGGUGUUGAUGCGGCUUAUUUGGCUCAUCCUAGUUUCGUGGAUGCUGAGGAGCUGGCUGCGAUCAAGCGUCCCCUGUCUAUUGCUGCAGCUGAGACCGAUUCUAUCUUCCCGGCUUCCAAGCGCCACGAGUCCGAAGAGAUUCUGGCCAAGACGGGUCAGCCGUACCAGAUUAACCUGUACAGCGGUGUCGAGCACGGUUUCGCAGUUCGUGGCCAUAUUUCGAAGCCCAUCAUUCGAUUUGCAAAGGAGGCGGCAUUUACUCAGGCAGUAGCUUGGUUCAACCAGUACGUUUAG